GCGAGAGCCACGGGCUCCUCCGACGGGUGACUUUAGAUUAAGGAAAGACAUCACGGACAAAUCAGUAUCGCCUGGCAUGUCAGUGAAGUCCCGCUGCGAAUUACAGCCGCAGCCCUGGAAACUGUCUUGGGUGGUUUCCUAGAAACAUGAUUGUUUGUUGGACUUGAUCUCACAGCCUGGUGAGGACUUCUUUACUGAUAAUGUCAAGUUCAGGUUAUCCUCCCAACCAAGGAGCAUUCAGCACAGAACAAAGCCGUUAUCCCCCCCACUCUGUCCAGUACACCUUUCCCAGCACACGUCACCAGCAGGAAUUUGCCGUCCCUGAUUAUCGUGCUCCUCACCUUGAAGUCAGCCAGGCCUCACAGCUUCUGCAGCAACAGCAGCAGCUUCGCAGACGGCCCUCCCUGCUUUCAGAAUUUCACCCGGGUUCUGACAGGCCUCAAGAAAGGAGAACUGGAUAUGAGCAGUUUCACGCAGGGCCAUCCCCCGUGGAUCAUGAUUCCCUGGAAUCCAAGCGACCACGUCUGGAGCAGGUUUCUGAUCCCCAUUUCCAGCGCGUCAGCGCUGCGGUCUUACCUGUAGUGCACACGCUGCCAGAGGGGUUGAGGUCUUCUGCAGAUGCGAAGAAGGAUCCAGCAUUUGGAGGCAAACAUGAAGCUCCAUCCUCUCCAGUCUCUGGGCAACCGUGUGGAGAUGAUCAAAAUGCUUCACCUUCAAAACUCUCAAAGGAAGAGUUAAUACAGAGUAUGGAUCGGGUAGACCGAGAAAUUGCGAAAGUAGAACAGCAGAUCCUUAAACUGAAAAAGAAGCAACAACAGCUCGAGGAAGAAGCAGCUAAACCUCCUGAGCCUGAGAAGCCCGUGUCCCCUCCUCCCGUGGAGCAGAAACACCGCAGUAUUGUCCAAAUUAUUUAUGAUGAGAAUCGGAAAAAAGCAGAAGAAGCUCAUAAAAUAUUUGAAGGUCUUGGCCCCAAAGUUGAACUGCCACUGUAUAACCAGCCAUCGGAUACCAAGGUGUAUCAUGAGAACAUCAAGACUGGAGUACCUGCAAGGCGCAUGAUGAAAAACCAGGUGAUGAGGAAAAAACUCAUUUUAUUUUUUAAAAGAAGAAAUCAUGCAAGAAAACAAAGGGAACAAAAAAUCUGCCAACGUUAUGAUCAGCUCAUGGAGGCAUGGGAGAAAAAAGUGGACAGAAUAGAAAAUAACCCCCGGAGGAAAGCUAAGGAAAGCAAAACAAGGGAGUACUAUGAAAAGCAGUUUCCAGAAAUUCGAAAACAAAGAGAACAACAAGAAAGAUUUCAGCGAGUUGGGCAGAGGGGAGCUGGUCUUUCAGCCACCAUUGCUCGGAGCGAGCAUGAGAUUUCUGAAAUUAUUGAUGGGCUCUCUGAGCAGGAGAAUAAUGAGAAACAAAUGCGGCAGCUCUCUGUGAUCCCACCUAUGAUGUUUGAUGCAGAACAGAGACGGGUCAAGUUCAUCAACAUGAAUGGGCUCAUGGAGGACCCUAUGAAGGUUUAUAAAGAUAGGCAGUUUAUGAAUGUUUGGACUGACCACGAGAAGGAGAUCUUUAAGGACAAGUUUAUCCAGCAUCCAAAAAACUUUGGACUGAUUGCAUCCUACUUGGAAAGGAAGAGUGUUCCUGAUUGUGUUUUAUAUUACUAUUUAACCAAGAAAAAUGAGAAUUAUAAAGCCCUAGUAAGAAGGAAUUAUGGAAAACGCAGAGGAAGAAACCAGCAGCAAAUUGCCCGACCCUCACAAGAAGAAAAAGUAGAAGAAAAAGAAGAAGAUAAAGCAGAAAAAACAGAAAAAAAAGAAGAGGAAAAGAAAGAUGAAGAAGAAAAAGAUGAAAAGGAGGACUCUAAAGAAAAUACCAAGGAAAAGGACAAGACGGAAGGUACAGCAGAAGAAACCGAGGAGAGGGAGCAGGCCACACCCCGGGGACGGAAGACCGCCAACAGUCAGGGCCGCCGAAAGGGCCGGAUCACCAGGUCCAUGACCAAUGAAGCGGCAGCGGCCAGCGCUGCAGCCGCGGCGGCCACCGAGGAGCCCCCGCCGCCUCUGCCACCACCACCAGAACCCAUUUCCACAGAGCCUGUAGAAACCUCUCGAUGGACAGAAGAAGAAAUGGAAGUCGCUAAAAAAGGUCUUGUAGAGCAUGGUCGAAACUGGGCAGCAAUUGCCAAAAUGGUGGGAACUAAAAGUGAAGCACAGUGCAAAAACUUCUACUUUAACUAUAAAAGGCGACACAAUCUUGACAACCUUCUGCAGCAGCAUAAACAGAAAACUUCACGAAAGCCCCGUGAAGAGCGAGACGUGUCCCAAUGUGAAAGCGUAGCCUCCACUGUUUCUGCUCAGGAGGAUGAAGAUAUUGAAGCUUCUAAUGAAGAAGAAAAUCCAGAAGACAGUGAAGGUUUUGUGGAAAAUGAGGCCCGUGUGGCAGGAAUGAAGAGAAUACUGGAGCAGCAGAGUUUUGGUGCUGAAAAUAGUUCUGAUACAGAAAGUGCUCCUUCUCCUUCACCAGUUGAAGCUGUCAAGCCCAGCGAAGAUAGCCCUGACAAUGCGACUCCUCGAGGCAACACCGAACCGGGGGCGGAGCUCGAGUCCACCACGGAACCUGUGCCCAGCGCGUCUCCCUCCUCAGCAGUGCAAAGUGCAAAACCAGUUGAAAGUGAAAGUGUGGAGCCGCAGGCGAACGACAGCAUCACCGUGGAGGCGGCAGAGCCAAUGGACGUUGACCGUCAGGAGCACAGCACCGAAGUGACUUCUGUGCUUGAUCUCCCCAUGACUGCCAAAUCAGACUCUGCAGACGUUGAGAUGAGGGCGCCGGAGAGCAAUCCGUCUAAAGUUGAAGGUGAUACCAAAGAGAGAGACCUGGAGAGAGCCAGCGAGAAGACAGAGCCUAGAGAUGAAGACUUGGUGGUGGCCCAGCAGGUCGGCGCCCAGAGGCCCGAGCCCCAGUCGGACAAUGACUCUAGCGCCACCUGCAGUGCGGAUGAAGAUGUGGAUGGAGAGCCCGAGAGGCAGAGAAUGUUUCCUCUGGACUCAAAGCCUUCAUUGUUGAACCCGCCUGGAUCGAUACUGGUCUCAUCCCCAAUAAAACCAAAUCCACUGGACCUGCCGCAGCUUCAGCACAGAGCUGCGGUUAUUCCACCAAUGGUUUCCUGUACCCCAUGUAAUAUACCUAUUGGAACCCCAGUGAGCGGCUAUGCCCUCUACCAGCGACACAUUAAAGCAAUGCAUGAAUCCGCACUCCUGGAAGAACAGCGGCAGAGGCAAGAGCAGAUAGAUCUGGAAUGUAGAAGUUCUACGAGUCCUUGUGCCACUGCCAAGAGUCCAAACAGAGAGUGGGAAGUCCUGCAGCCUGCUCCACAUCAAGUGAUCACUAAUCUCCCUGAAACGGUUCGGCUUCCAACAACUCGACCCACCAGGCCACCCCCUCCUCUCAUCCCGUCAUCCAAAACCACAGUGGCUUCAGAAAAACCAUCUUUCAUCCUGGGAGGCUCCAUCUCACAGGGAACACCUGGCACUUACUUGACGUCUCAUAAUCAGACUUCCUACACUCAAGAAGCAGCUAAGCCCUCGGUGGGCUCCAUCUCUCUCGGACUGCCGCGGCAACAGGAAUCUGCCAAAUCAGCUACUGUGCCCUACAUCAAGCAGGAAGAAUUUUCUCCCCGAAGCCAGAACUCACAGCCUGAAGGUUUAUUGGUCAGGGCACAACACGAAGGAGUGGUCAGAGGUACCACAGGAGCCAUUCAAGAAGGGAGUAUAACUCGGGGAACGCCAACCAGCAAAAUCUCCGUGGAAGGCAUCCCGUCCCUGCGGGGCUCAAUCACUCAGGGUACCCCAGCCCUGCCACAGGCUGGCAUACCAACUGAGGCAUUGGUGAAGGGAUCCAUUUCUAGAAUGCCCAUUGAGGAGAGCAGUCCUGAGAAAGGCAGAGAGGAAGCCGCAUCAAAAGGUCAUGUUAUUUAUGAAGGCAAAAGUGGACACAUCUUAUCCUACGAUAAUAUUAAGAAUGCCCGAGAAGGGACAAGGAGUCCAAGAACAGCUCAUGAAAUCAGUUUAAAAAGAAGCUAUGAAUCGGUAGAAGGAAAUAUAAAGCAAGGGUUGUCAAUGAGGGAGUCUCCUGUGUCAGCACCGUUGGAGGGGCUGAUAUGCCGAGCAUUACCCAGGGGGAGCCCUCAUUCUGACCUCAAAGAAAGGACUGUGCUGUCUGGUUCCAUAAUGCAGGGCACACCAAGAGCCACAACAGACAGCUUCGAAGACGGUCUUAAAUAUCCCAAGCAGAUUAAAAGGGAGAGUCCUCCCAUACGAGCGUUUGAAGGCGCCAUUACCAAAGGAAAACCAUACGACGGUAUUACCACCAUCAAAGAAAUGGGGCGUUCCAUUCAUGAGAUUCCACGGCAAGAUAUUUUAACUCAGGAAAGCCGAAAAACUCCAGAAGUGGUCCAGAGCACGAGGCCAAUAAUCGAGGGCUCCAUCUCGCAGGGCACACCAAUAAAGUUUGACAGCAACUCAGGGCAAUCUGCCAUCAAACACAAUGUCAAAUCCUUAAUCACGGGGCCCAACAAACUACCCCGUGGAAUGCCUCCCCUGGAAAUUGUGCCGGAGAGCAUCAAAGUGGUAGAGCGGGGAAAGUACGAGGAUGUGAAAGCAGGCGAGCCAGUGCGCUCCCGACACACAUCGGUGGUAAGCUCCGGCCCCUCCGUCCUUAGGUCAGCGCUUCACGACGCUCCCAAAGCACAGCUGAGCCCAGGGAUUUACGACGACAGUAGUGCGCGGCGGACGCCUGUGAGUUACCAGAACACCAUGUCCAGGGGCUCGCCCAUGAUGAACAGAACUUCAGAUGUUACGAUUUCCUCUAGCAAGUCUACCAACCAUGAAAGAAAAUCGACCCUGACCCCUACCCAGAGGGAGAGUAUCCCAGCGAAGUCUCCAGUACCUGGGGUGGACCCUGUAGUGAGCCACAGCCCCUUCGAUGCCCAUCACAGGGGCAGCGGCACAGGAGAGGUUUAUCGGAGCCAUCUUGCCACGCACUUGGAUCCGGCCAUGCCGUUUCACAGGGCUCUGGAUCCUGCAGCCGCCGCUUACCUGUUUCAGAGACAGCUCUCCCCAACCCCCGCCUACCCCAGCCAGUACCAGCUUUACGCCAUGGAGAACACCAGACAGACAAUCCUCAACGAUUACAUUACCUCACAGCAGAUGCAGGUGAACCUGCGCCCGGACGUGGCCAGAGGCCUCUCCCCGCGGGAGCAGCAGCUGGGGCUCCCAUACCCAGCCACCAGGGGAAUCAUUGACCUGACCAACAUGCCUCCGGCGAUUUUAGUGCCUCAUCCCGGGGGGACAAGUACUCCUCCCAUGGACAGAAUCACUUAUAUUCCUGGCACACAGAUUACUUUCCCGCCCAGGCCCUACAACUCUGCGUCCAUGUCUCCAGGCCACUCGACACACCUUGCGGCGGCCGCCAGUGCUGAGCGGGAGCGGGAGCGGGAGAAGGAGCGGGAGCGGAUCGCGGCGGCCGCGUCCUCAGACCUCUACCUUCGGCCAGGCUCAGAACAGCCCAGCCGACCUGGCAGUCAUGGAUAUGUCCGCUCCCCGUCCCCUUCAGUGAGAGCUCAGGAGACCAUGCUGCAGCAAAGACCCAGCGUGUUCCAGGGAACCAAUGGAACCAGUGUAAUCACACCUUUGGACCCAAGCGCUCAGCUCCGCAUCAUGCCGCUGCCCGCCGGGGGCCCGUCCAUAAGCCAAGGCCUGCCGGCUUCCCGCUACAGCACCGCUGCGGACGCCCUAGCUGCCCUUGUGGACGCCGCAGCCUCCGCCCCCCAGAUGGAGGUUUCCAAAACAAAAGAGAGUAAGCAUGAAGCUUCCAGGUUAGAAGAAAAUUUGAGAAGCAGGUCAGCCGCAGUUAGUGAACAACAGCAGCUAGAGCAGAAAACCCUGGAGGUGGAGAAGAGAUCUGUUCAGUGUCUGUACACUUCUGCAGCCUUUCCAAGUGGCAAGCCCCAGCCUCAUUCUUCAGUAGUUUAUUCUGAGGCUGGGAAAGAUAAAGGGCCUCCUCCAAAAUCCAGAUAUGAGGAAGAGCUAAGGACCCGAGGGAAGACUACCAUUACUGCAGCUAACUUCAUAGACGUGAUCAUCACCCGGCAAAUUGCCUCGGACAAGGAUGCGAGGGAACGUGGCUCUCAAAGUUCAGACUCUUCUAGUAGCUUAUCUUCUCAUCGGUAUGAAGCCCCCGGCGACGCUAUCGAGGUGAUCAGCCCCGCCGGCUCCCCGGCGCCGCCCCCAGAGAAGCUGCAGGCCUACCAGCCGGAGGUGGUGAAGGCGGCGCAGGCAGACAGUGAAGCCACCAGACAGUACGAAGGACCAUUACAUCACUACCGACCGCAGCAGGAACCACUGUCUCCGCAGCAGCAGCUGCCCGCCUCCUCACAGGCCGACGCGGUGGGGCAGGUGCCCAGGACCCACCGUCUCAUCACGCUCGCUGAUCACAUCUGUCAAAUUAUCACACAAGAUUUUGCUAGAAAUCAAGUUUCCACACAGCCUCCCCAGCAGCCUCCCACUUCUGCAUUCCAAAAUUCACCCUCUGCUGUGGUGUCCACGCCCGUGAGGACUAAAACAUCGAAUCGUUAUAGCCCAGAAUCCCAGUCUCAGUCUGUCCACCAUCAAAGACCAGGGUCAAGGGUCUCUCCAGAAAAUCUUGUGGACAAAUCCAGGGGAAGGCCUGGAAAAUCCCCGGAGAGGAGUCACGUCCCUUCUGAGUCCUACGAGCCCAUCUCCCCGCCCCAGGUUCCAGUUGUGCAUGAGAAACAGGACAGCAUGCUGCUACUGUCUCAGAGAGGAGCAGAGCCCGCAGAACAGAGGAAUGAUUCCCGCUCGCCAGGGAGUAUAAGCUACUUGCCUUCAUUCUUCACCAAGCUUGAAAACACGUCACCCAUGGUUAAAUCAAAGAAGCAGGAGAUUUUUCGUAAGUUGAACUCCUCUGGUGGAGGUGACUCUGAGAUGGCCGCCGCGCAGCCGGGGACGGAGAUCUUUAAUCUGCCGGCGGUCACUACCUCAGGCUCAGUUAGCUCUAGAGGUCAUUCUUUCGCCGACCCUGCCAGUAACCUCGGUCUGGAAGACAUUAUCAGGAAGGCGCUCAUGGGAAGCUUUGAUGACAAGGCGGAGGAGCACGGAGUCGUCAUGGCCCAGCCCGUGGGGGUGGUGCCCGGCGGGGCCAACACCUCCGUCGUGACCGGCGGUGAGGCACGGAGAGAGGAAGGGGACCCAUCGCCUCAUUCAGGAGGAGUUUGCAAACCAAAGCUGAUCAGCAAGUCAAACAGCAGGAAAUCUAAAUCUCCUAUCCCGGGGCAAGGCUACUUAGGAACUGAGAGGCCCUCUUCCGUCUCCUCUGUACAUUCAGAAGGGGAUUACCACAGGCAGACGCCAGGGUGGGCCUGGGAAGACAGGCCCUCUUCAACAGGCUCGACCCAGUUUCCGUACAACCCUCUGACGAUGCGGAUGCUGAGCAGUACGCCGCCGACGCCGCUGGCGUGCGCCCCCUCUUCCGUGAACCCCGCGGCGCCGCACCAGCAGAGCAGGCUGUGGGAGCGGGAGCCGGCGCCGCUGCUCUCCGCGCAGUACGAGACGCUGUCCGACAGCGAUGACUGACGGGCCCGCCGGGCCGGGAGCUCUCGUUUUGGGUGGGUGUGUUUUUCACGGCGGGUCAGCAACCUGUCCUCCUCUGACUUGUGCCCAGAGACUUUUCAGGAGAGCCUGGACCACGGGUGAUGAAGAAAUGAUGGAAGUUCAUGUGGCGAGUCGAAUGGGGGGAGGGGCGGGGGGCUGCCUUCGACACAGGCGGUUCGGUGGAUUCUAAUAGUGGAGGGUUGAAAUGUAGAGUUUUUAAAAAGUGGACAAUUCCUGUUCUUACAUCUGUUUGUAAAGAAAACCAUAAUGUCUUUAAAUCACUCUUCUGUAAAUAGAGGACCUUUUUUGCAGUGUUUCCCCUUGCUGUAGUAUCUGGUGUACUUAUGUUCAAAUCAGCACAUUAACUUCGGGGGUAAUUUUAAAAAAACAAUCACCGCACCUAUCUUUUUAAUCCUCGCCUUCUAAACGACCUCAUACAGCCCAGUUACAUAAUGUUGGCUGUCACGGGCAUUGUACUUUUAUCCAAUUUUGUUUCCUCUAAAUUCAGAUUUCCGGUGAUGUUUCAGUUCUUGUGGAAAUGUUUAGAUUUUUAACACAGACCCUAUCAUAAAACCUGUACAUUAUGUUAUUAGGGUCAAAGGUAAGAGAAACAAAAUUCUGCCAUACUGUAAAUUUCCAGUGCAGGCUUUAAUUUUUUUUUCAAUUAGUAGCACUGAAAAAAUUAUUACUGCAUGGGUAUGUUAUAGUUCAGUUUUUAAAGUUAAAAAAAAAAAGGCUUAUUUGAGGCAUUCCUCACUGUUAUGCACACUGGUGACUUAGCCAUGCCCCUAAGUAUUCCUUUCCUUCUGCAUCUGAUGCAGCCCAACAGAGCUUUUUGUUUUGAAAUAAAUUUGACUACCCUGUCCAUA